AUGUCUAAUGAAAAAACAGUGCCUGAGGAACAACCUCUACAAGAGAAGGAAUCGAGUACUGAGUUGAAAGAUAAAACAUGGUACGAGAAACUAUGUUAUUUGAAAACAAACAUUACUGUGGAGCCCAUAAUGGCGGGCCUAGUCAUACCCUCAAUGUUAGCAAGAUUAGCAGUACAGAAUCUGAAUUUGGAAAAGACAUGUCGAAUAAAAUUUCAGCUCGGAGAAGAAGCGUGCACCUCGUUAAUAAAAAAAGAAGGCAAUUUUACACACUACGAAAGCGAUAUCCAAAAGACAAUUGCGUCCAUAGAGCAGUGGAAGAGCGUUAUACAAACGUCUAUACCGCUUUUCCUUGUUAUUUUCAUGGGAGCAUGGAGCGAUAGGACUGGGAACAGAAAACUCUGUAUACUGCUACCAAUUUUAGGGGAACUGCUAACAUGUAUUAGUAACCUGAUAAGUACUAUAUUUUUUGAUGAAAUUCCAGUCGAAGUUACAAUGUUUUUCGAAGCUUUGUUCCCGGCGCUUACAGGUGGUUGGGUAAUGAUGUAUUUGGGAGUAUUUAGUUAUAUAAGUGACAUUACUGAUAAUGAAUCGAGGACGUUUCGUGUGGGCCUGGUAAAUUUAUGUAUGACAGCUGGAAUACCCAUCGGAACAGCUCUGAGUGGAAUAUUAUUAAGGUUAUUGGGCUACUACGGAAUCUUUUUAAUAUCUGGAACGAUAUGUUUAUUGAAUUUUGUAUAUGGGUUCUUCUGCUUGAAGAGUAAUACGAAGCUUAAUAAUAAUGAUAACGAAAAGAAGGACCCCAUAACGUGCAUGACGAUGUUGUCUUUAGUCAAAGACACAGCCAUGGUCGCUUUUAAGAAAAGAGAAGGCAAUACAAGGAAGAAAAUCAUUCUUACGUUGUUGGUAGUGGCAAUUUUAUAUGGACCUGGACAUGGGGAAAGAAUAGUGACGUAUAUGUACUUAAGAUACAAACUCAACUGGGAUGCAGUAAUGUACAGCAUUUACUCUACAUAUAGUAUCCUUACUCACUCAAUCGGGGCGUUGUUUUCCAUCAGCGUUUUCAGCAAGUGUUGGGGUUUCCACGACUCCAUGUUAUGUCUUAUUUCCAGCGUCAGCAAGCUCUUUGGCUCCACCUGCGUUGCGUUUGUUCAUACCAACUUUGAGAUGUUUAUGGUACCCAUUGUAGAAAUCCUAAAUGCUACGACAUGGACAUCAUUGCGGUCUAUGGCAACAAAACUUGUCACUAGCGAAGAACUGGGUAAAAUAAACUCUCUCUUCAGCCUGGUAGAGACGGCAGCAGCUUUAAUCUUCGACCCAACCUACUCAGCAUUAUACAAACGAUCUAUCGACACAUUCGCUGGAACCGUAUUCAUCUUUAGCGGCUUUAUGAUAUUGCCUGCUAUUUCGCUCUUACUAUGGUUCUUUGUCCAGCACAGGCGUGAGUUGAAGCAAACGAAAACCGAAGCGACGUUAGAAGCCGGUGACACGCACAGCAAAUCAAAAGACAGUGAUAAACCAACUGAUCAAGCAAUAUGACCUCUAA